UCCAGGAGCACGGCUUCAUCAACUACUAUGGCCUGCAGCGGUUCGGUGUGACCAGUUCGGCCACGCACCUGGUGGGCCGAGCCAUAGUGCGCAAGGAAUGGCGCGCCGCCGUCGGACAUGCUGCUGUCGGGCCGCGAGGACGAGCACGGUGGCAGCAUGGCCAAGGCGCAGCGCGCCUGGCGCACCGAGCGCGAUCCGCGGCGUGCUUACGCGCUCCUCUCCAACAAGCAGCAGCGCACCACGCUGGAAGGGCGUGUGCUGCACACGCUGUGUUCUGUGCGCGCUACGGCGUACCAGGAGGCGGUCGACCGUCUGCCGCCGGCCAGCCGCCAGUUGUAUGUGCACGCCUAUCAGUCGUGGCUCUGGAACCGGGUGGUGUCGCGCCGGCUGGCCGUGCACGGGCUGCGCCUGCGGUCCGGCGACCUGGUGCUAGCCACCGGUGACGAGCCCGAACCCGAGCCGGCCGCCGCCGAGGACGACGCCCCGCCGGCCGUCGAUGACGAGGCGCCAACGCCGGCACCGGCUCUGCCCGGCGGUCCGCCCGACGUGCGCGCGCUGACCGAGGCCGAGCUGGCGCAGCACACGAUCCACGAGCUGGUGCUGCCGCUGCCCGGCUGGGCGGUGCGCUACCCGGACAACGAGACGGCCGACUGGUACCGAGAGCUGCUGGAGGCCGACGGCGUCGACCUCAGCCGCGAGCACUGCGACUCGCUGCGCCAGUACAGCCUGGCCGGCGCCUAUCGCCGCGUGCUGGCGCGGCCCGACGUCGGCCGCUGGCGGAUCGCCCGCUACGCUGACCCGGCCGUCGACCUGGUGGCCAGCGACGUGGAUGCACUGAUGGGCCGCACGCCGCCCGCCGAUGACCCGUCCGGCCCGUACCGCGCCCUGCUGCUGCAGUUCACGCUGCCGGCCUCCUGCUACGCCACCAUGGCCCUGCGCGAGAUCACCGGCAUGGAAUCCUAGUCUGGCUACUCAGAUGGCGCUCAACGACGCGUACAGCGCUGAGAUGCGCCGCCUUCGGCAAGGCCGCGGUGGCGCCGGCCGCUCGGAGGCCGCCCCCGCAGCGCAACCGCGCGCAGCGGGGGCCGAGGCACAGGCGGCGGUGGCACAGGUGGCGGCUGCAGAACCGGCGCGAGGUGGCGGGGAGGACUCACAUGUGACGCCCUCUGGGGGCGUGAUCAGCGGAGGAGAGGACGAACGGUCCGAGAAACGACCGCUCGACGACCAGAUGGAAGAGAAGUCUGACAAGCGACUGAAAACGUAGACUCCCAGGCAGUCUGUUCUGUGCCGCCGUAUUGGCGCAUGGUGUCCGGUGAUUCGUGAUGGGCGUUGCAAAACGUUGAAUAUACCUUCAGAUGAAUGGUG